AUGUGUGGAACGAGAGUGGUGAGGAAUGGCUUGAGUUUAAAAAUACUUUUAACAGAAGCUGGUGCUAAGGGAAGUAAGAUUCUCGUAACCACCCGUAGUCGGAAGGUUGCAAAGGUGAUGGGUGUUGUUGAGGCAUAUGACUUAGGUGAGCUGAGCGAAGAUGAUUGUUGGUCCUUAUUUAAGCAACGUGCAUUUAACCAGCAAGGAGAAAAGGAAGAAAAACCAGAGCUAGUGAAGAUUGGGAAACAAAUUGUGAGCAAGUGCAGGGGCGUGGCUCUGGCGGCAAUUACUCUUGGAGGUCUUUUGCUUGAUGCAUCUGAGGAAACCUGGUUGGAAAUUCGAGAUAGCCAGCUUUGGGAGUUGGAUAGCAAGCAUAUUUCGGAACCAGAAGCGAAGGAGAACUUUAUCUUAAAUACAUUAAGGCUAAGCUACUUUCAUUUGCCGGCGGUGUUGAAACCCUGCUUCGCAUAUUGCUCCUUGUUUCCAAAGGAUCAUGUAAUUGACAAGGAGACGUUGAUCCAAUUAUGGAUGGCUCAGGGGUUCAUUAUUCAAUCACCCCAGUGGAUCCACAAGAGUAUGGAGGGAAUGGGUGAAGAGAAUUUCAGGUAUUUAUUAGGGAGAUGCUUGUUUCAAGAUGAACAGAAAGAUGAAGAGGGGAAUAUAAUUAGUUGUAAAAUGCACGACCUUGUGCAUGACCUUGCCCAAUCAGUUGCAGGGGCCCUGGUGAGUGUUGCCUCAUUGAUUACAAUGACAAAGAAUUAA